CAUGCCUCCAAAUGAGGUGCACAGUUCAUUCAUUAAAUUAUGGAGAUGCUCUCUGAUAACAUUGAUGGUCUUUGAUGCCUUUGAACUCCCUUCUCAAAAGGAGCCUCUUUCAGAGAUAGGGCUCAGGACAUGGCCGCAUUCUUCUUCUCCUAGAGUGUCUGUCUCGGGCUGGAUUGCAGAAGGCUUAAUAUAGAAUGGUAUGCCUGGAAUUAACUGAAGGGGCUUCUCGAGGCGAGGGCUCCCGUGGUGACCAAGCCUUUGACUUCAGUGGAAUGAGGAGUCUCCUGGCCUUUUUUGUGAACCUUACGUAAAGGCACAGGCACACGUAUCUCAAAAUAUUGGUCCUGAAAGGAAAUCAGGGGCAGAUCUCAGAGGUUAGAAUGGGUAUACAUGUUUCUAAUUCAUCUUUUCUUUUUUUUUCUUUUUUUUUUCAAUUCACAGUGUGCACACAGCUCUUGGUCUCCAGACCUGAUGAGGAAAAUAUAAGUUCCUAUUUACAGCUCAUAGACAAGUGUCUAAUUCAUGAGGCAUUUACAGAGACUCAGAAAAAAAGAUUGUUGUCAUGGAAACAGCAGGUGCAGAAGCUCUUUCGGUCUUUCCCUCGGAAAACCCUUCUAGACAUAUCAGGAUAUCGACAGCAAAGAAACCGUGGCUUUGGGCAGUCCAACUCCCUCCCGACAGCCGGCUCUGUGGGCGGCGGUAUGGGCCGACGGAACCCACGCCAGUACCAGAUCCCCUCCCGGAACGUCCCUUCCGCCCGCCUGGGGCUCUUGGGCACCAGUGGAUUUGUCAGCUCCACCCAGCGCAACACCACAGCCAACCCCACCAUCAUGAAACAAGGAAGACAGAACCUCUGGUUUGCCAACCCUGGGGGCAGCAACAGCAUGCCAAGCCGCACCCACAGCUCAGUCCAAAGGACCCGCUCGCUGCCCGUGCACACUUCUCCACAGAAUAUGCUGAUGUUCCAGCAGCCAGGUAGGGCCCUGCACUUGAUCUCUCCCUCUCUCCACCCCCUGACACAGAGGGGAGGCCAGGACGCCAAAAUAGAUGCCCCUGUGAACCCAGCCGGAAAGUGCUUAGCCUCGACUGUCACCACGCAUUCUUUUGAGCUUAUAGAAGCCUUUCCUUUUUUAAACUGCCUUGCCAGCAUGAAUAGCAGCUCGUUGGCUGGGAGCCAGCACAUGGAGCCCCAGAGUCAGUUGCAAUCUGACGGGGAUAUUUUUGAUACUAGUCAUAUUUCUAGAUUGAUUAAACCAGAGAGAUCACUGGAGGGUAUUUGGGGGAGUUGGGAGGGGUUCCAAGUGCAGUGUGCGUGUGUGUGUCUGUGUGUACUUUGGGUGUGUGGGGGGGAUGUGCAGAAAGUGAAACAGAGAAAAAGAAAACUUUGACGGUGUUGACACUAAGAGACUUACCCCUGGUUUGGGAGCACCUUGCAAACAUGACUUUUUGGAGCGGCCAUCUUCCCCUUACUUGGUUAAACAGCAACGUGGUGCGCUUCAAGUCAGCUGCGCCUCUCACUGUGCCUCCUAAAACAGAGUCACCCAAAUGAUACACAGACAACAAUCGCUUGCACACUUUGUCUAUGCAGACAGGGACCUCGUAAGAGUCCAUGAGUAAUAUAGAGCCAUGCAAACAAUGACUACAUCUAGCUUGAUGACCUUCUAAGUGGGAAAAUCAGACAGGUUACAGGUGUUGUACCUGUAGGAAAAUACCCACCCUAGGCAAGAGACAUGUUCUGUACAACAAGUCUUACAGGAGUUUAAGGAGAGGAAAUGUCACUGUGCCCUCGGUGGGCAAGAAACCUUCUUGGAAUUGGAGCGGAGCUUCAGCGGACAGAGAGUGAAGGAGUAGAAAGAGGAGGGUGGAGCUUCAGGCAGAAGGAGACAAGGGAGCAAGACCGCAAUCAUACCACAUACCUCAGUGAGUUCCAGAAGCCAUGGCUGAGCCAAAGGGUCAGGCUGAAGUAGCAUCGAGUAGACCACGGGAGCUGGAAAGAUCGAGGUUGAUGAUGUUGGGCUCUGAACCCAAGGCCGAAGAACUCAGACCCCAGCCACUCUCAGUGGGGAAUGUAUGAAAGAUUUUGAGUAGGAGUGUGCCUGGAGGAGUGAGAGAAAAGCAGGAUGAAGAUGGGGAGACACCAAAGAGGAAUGGGGAGGUGAGGAGUCACCACAAGGUAAGGUGUGUCAGGAAAGGAAGAGAUGGUCCAGAUAUUUGUUUAAACUUGCUUCUAGACUUCUCAAACUGUUCCUAUUUGUGCACGUUUGUUUGAAAGCUCCUUUUCUCUGUUUUGAUACUUGUAGCUUCCUGGGAAGAAAUAAUUGAUAAAAUUUGGGGGUUGUGAAGGUCUUCUUCCUGGGUCAUGUAGUCCCAGCCUCUGUUUUCAUGCAGAAUUAUGUAUAAUCCACUCUCAGUAAAAGCGAACCUAGAUGAGAUUUGAAGACAUCCUGGACACGAGUAGACCUUUCACCUUGAACGUAUCCUUCAUCCCUGACCUCAGCCCUGGGACUGCAGCCCAGCCACCCUGCAGCCUCACGGGAGCCCUAGCAUAGCUGACCACUCUCCUCCUCCUUCAAUCCCUAUACACUUGUGGCCUCCUUGCUCCUCUCUAACCUCUUGUCUCUUCCUUUGGCUUCUUCCAGGUCCUCAGUCCUCUGUUCUCACUAUACUUUCCCCACAUUCUCCUGUCUUAAUUGGGAAGACCAGGCCCACCAGGAAGAGCGGGGCCAUCCCUAGGAGGACUCUUUGAGUCUGUAGAUACAGAUCCUCCAUCUGCACCUUUGUUGCUUGCUCAUGCUCAGGGCAACUAUGACCCUAAGAUCGUUUCCACCCUUUUCCCAGAGUGUUCCCUCUUGUUCCCACUGUUAAACAAUCAAAUAAUACAAAAGGGCUUUUAAGGAAAAGUGACUGUCCCCUUCCCCUCCCCCUCCCAGCCCACAGUCUCAUCUCCCAGAGACAGCCACUUGUAACGAUUUUCAGUUUUCCUGGUAGUUAACCCAAAAGUCUCUAAAUGAUGUUCUUUGUAUACUGGACUUAGAACUCCAGAACCCUUGGGGGUCUUUUUUUGGAAAGGGGGGUUCAAUUAACCUCUAACAUAAGCAAAUAAACUGGUGGGUACUGGGCAGGAGCCACUCCUAAGCCCUGCCCAGCAUACUCAGCCCAUGCCUGGACAUGGUCAUGAAGGGCAAGGCAGGGGUUCCUGGCUGAAGGGAACAGAGGCUGCAGAAAGUCACUGCCAUGGGAGGCUCCUUCAUCUCCAAGGUCAUCCCUGCCCCUGGCAGAUCAGACAAUGGUUUUCAAGACCCCAAGUCAUGAUCAGAACUCUUCCUUCUUCCUGAAGAGGCAGCCUUAUUCACAGGGCAAGCCUGGCUAAUUGCCACAGCCAGGCCCAGACGAAGUUUUGUCCUAGACAGACGGGGUCUCUCGGGGAUGGGCCUUGCCACUCAGAGCAGCACAUCCUUGUUAGCUCAGCAGGGGUCUAGGGGCUGGCGGCUGUGGGGGCAGGACCAAACUAUAAGUAUCAUAUCAGGGAGUCAAAAUCAGGAAGGCAGUGAGUGGCUUUCAUCUUUACACAAGCAAUAGUGGUAGUGAACACAAAAUGGGGUAGAGAUGUGUAACCAACCCUAAAUUAGAUCCUCAGAAAACUGUGUUACAAUACAGCAGAGUGGCUUCUUCUGGACCAUUAGAUGUCUUCAGAGCAUCCACUUUAAACCAGAUGGGUAAAUCUUGAAGACUACAAUUCAUUUGAAGAAAG